AUGGAAGAGUGGGCGGGGCCGGGGACUGUCACUCCAAGCUGCUGGUGCGUGGAUCCGAACCUCCCCGAGGGAGCAUGGCUGGCCCCUUUCCCGGAAGACGCUCUGGGCCGCGUGCACUGCGAUGCCCGCCCAGAUCUGAGGGGCGUCCCGGAGAAGAGAUGCGAGGAAAGAAACAGCUAUGGGACUUCAGGCACGUUCGGAUCUGCCUUAGCCUGGGAGGGCGAUCAGUCUGCUUCCGGAACCGAUUUCUAUCCCAGUGAGUCCCACUUACUAGAAGCUGGUGGGCAGCAGGAACGCACUGGACGUCAAGUGUAUGUUAUUACGUGGAAGGAGGAAAUGGUGCUGAAGGUUGUGGCGGAUCAGUGA